AUGAACUUUACCCCGACACACACCCCUGUUUGCAGAAAGCUAACAGUUGACUCCAAACACAGUGUUUCCUCCAGGUUCAGUGGUUCCACCAGGUGGAGGGGAAUGUCUUUCCCAGAUUCAGAUUCACCUUUGCCUUCCAUUGAAGACCGCCUCGCCGUCCUCUGUCCUUCUCAGGAGCUUCUGGAAUAUUUUAAAAAUAAGAUGGCCGAAUGUGAGACAGAAAAUGAGGAUCUACUGAAGAAACUGGAACUGUACAAAGAAGCUUGUGAAGGGCAGCAUAAACUAGAAUGGGAUUUGCAGCAGAAGGAGGAAGAGAUUACUGAAUUGCAGAAAGCUUUAAGUGACAUGCAGAUCUGCCUUUUCCAGGAACGAGAACAUGUUUUACGUCUCUACUCAGAAAAUGACCGACUGAGAAUCAGGGAAGUAGAAGACAAGAAAAAGAUUCAAAGUCUCUUGGUUCUUGUGGGAACAGAUACUGGAGAAGUGACCUAUUUUUAUAAGGAGCCUCCCCACAAAGUCACCAUUCCCCAAAAGACUAUCCAGACUUUAAAUAAACAUGAACAGAAUGAAUCUUCAACUUUAAAAGCAGAUCCUAAAGUAAGUAAAAGAAGACCAGCAAUGAGAGACAGAGAAGAAAAUACUGAGCAAUACCAAAGAGACAUACAGACGCUUAUCCUACAGGUGGAAGCCCUGCAGGCUCAGCUGGAGGAACAGACCAAGCUUUCUAGAGAACAAGUUGAAGGUCUCAUGGAAGAUAGACGGAUUCGCGUUGAGGAAAUACAAGUUCAGCACCAGAGAAAUCAGGAGAAAAUCAAAGAGCUAACCAAAAGAACUUUAGAAAUGUACCCCAAGAUGUACUUGGGACAAAUUUUCAACUCCCAUCUUCAAGAGCCAAAAAUGCCUACCCUGAAGGAUAAGUUAAUACAAGAGAAAAAACUUUCUAACAUGUACCAAGAGCAGUGCAUUUCUUUAGAAGAAGAACUUGCCCGAAUUCGUGAGGAAGAAGGCGUGAGGAGGGAGAUCUUCAAGGAUCGCACUAACAAGAUGGGGAAGCGUUUACAGGUAAUGACAAAACGCUACGAGGCCUUGGAGAACCGACGUAUCUUGGAAGUAGAAGGCUUUAAGACAGAUAUUAAGGCUCUCCGGCAGAAACUUAAAGACUUGGAGCAGAUGCUGUAUAAGACAACACUUAAUGCUCGGACCGAUCAGGACCUUGCCAUUCUGUGUGAGGUCCGGAACAGCAAUAGACGAACACAUAAGAUACAGGGAGAACUGAAGAACCUGAAGUCCAAAGUGUUUGGUUUGGAGAAUGAACUUAGACUCUGUUGA